AUGUCUUCCACAGAAUACCCCUCCACUCCCACGUGGACACCGGGAGACUUCAAGCACCCAAACCAGGACCUGCGUCGGUCGAUGAUUAUUGCGCUGGUCUUUGCUUACACUUUGUCGACUCUCGCCGUUGCUUUGAGGAUCCUGGCGAGGAAGGUGACCGGGAGCAAGCUUUUCAUCGAUGACUAUUUGAUUAUGGCUGCUCUGUUCUUCAAAUAUGCAUGCUCCAGUGGAGUUGUUGUUCUUCUGUUCAACGGAAUGGGGUCCCACAUCACCAUGAUCCCAGCCAAGAAUCGUCGGGUCUACUUUCAAGUCGGAUUCGCCAACCCCUUUAUCUACACCGCCUGCAUCGCCCUGAUUAAAUUCUCUAUUCUGGCGCUGUACAAGCGACUCUUUGCAGUCCGACACAUGACAAUUGCCGUGAACGUCAUGUUUGGGUUUGUCAGUCUCUGGGUUGUGGGCGUUUACGUUUCUGGUGCUCUUCUCUGUAUUCCUACCAAGAAGUUCUGGGACCAGUCCGUUGAAGGAGCCUGUCUUGACCCAGCCAAAUUCUACUAUGGCAUACAAAUACCCAACAUCCUCUCCGAUGUCAUCCUCUUGAUCAUGCCCAUGAAAGUAGUGUGGAUUUUGCCGAUUUCAAAGUCGCAGAAAGCUCUUCUUUCUGGAAUCUUCCUCGUCGGCGGGUUAACUUUGGUCUUCAGUUGUUUCCGCCUCAGUGCCAUGAUUCGACUCGUUGAUCUAGGCCCUGAUAUUACCUACAACCAAGUGCCCGUCAUCGUGUGGACAUGUAUCGAAGCAGCAGUUGGAAUCACAGCUGCUUGUCUCCCUAAUCUCCGCCCUCUUUUCAAGUUGGGUCGUCACAAUUUCUGGUCUCAAGUUCGUUCCGCCAACAACAUAUCCGAAAGGACUCUUAUUGGCUCGAGCAAUACGGGAGAUGCUAUCGCUUCCAAUCAUACGAAAAGCAAUUCUUUUGCCGUUCGGCCAACUACUGAGGUGCCUCCGUAUGAGGAAUUCAAGGACGAGGAGGCAGUGGGGAGAGUUUAG